AUGUGGUGGGCGUUUAUCCUGGUGACGGUGCUGGUGACGAUGGUGGCUGACCCGUACUGCCUGGCGUUUGCGGAGUACCCCGGCCUCUACCCCCCCACGAGCCCCGACACCAUCCUCAACAUUAUACUCACGGCGAUAUACAUCGCCGACAUCCUGCUGAACUUCAUGGUGGCGUUCCACGACGACGAGGGUCACCUGGUGAUUGACGCGAAGACCAUCGCGGCGCACUACCUGCAGUGGCGCUUCUGGGUGGACCUGCUGACCACCGUGCCCUUUGACUGGAUCGUGCUGGGCGCUAUGGGCCUCCAGUACUCAUCCACAGUGGAGGCGCGGUACGUCGCGCUGCUGCGCCUGCUGCGGCUGGGCCGCGCGUACCGCCUGAAGAAGUCACCAUAUCUCUGCAACUGA